GUACGCAAUGACGAACAUGGCGUGCGCCAGACAGGCUCACAAGUAGCUUGCAAACAUUACCACCUAUCCAUGCGUGUGUGUUGUUGCAGAUAGCUAAAUGUUUAGCUUAAGUCACAUAUUUAUGUUGUAUCUUAUUCAAGGUUCUUCAUAACGCGGAAGGUUGUACCAUAACUGCAUUAAAGUUAUUACAAAAUAUCAGCAGCAUACGUUAGCUGCAAAGAGGUAAACGAGACUCGAGACUCGUCACGUAUCUAGCAACCAUUGAUUUACCAGCGUUAUUAGAGGACAUCAUGAUCUAUUCGUUCGUACUAAAAAGUAUGCAUCGCAAUUUGCAACAGGCAGUAUGGAUUUAUAGCCCUCUGCAAAUCUGCAAACGCACACAGAGCAACUUGAUUCUGCAGAGACGGGGCAACUUUGUGUCGACAUCCACACCUUUUUUCCAUGGUAUUGAGGGUCACCCCUCGAUUUUAGGGAGUGUCUUGUGUACACAAAAACGAAAUAUUUAUUUCCACACAAGCCUAAGAAAUAAAAUCAAACCUGAAGAAACGGAGAGUGGACAGCUGUCAACCUCGAGGCUAGGAACAGCGCCGAAUCUCUCGGCAGCUCAAAAAGUGAAGGAGGCAGGCAAAGACUUCACCUACUUGAUCGUUGUGCUCAUUGGACUUGGGGUGACAGGGGGGUUGCUAUAUGUGGUGUUCCAAGAGUUGUUCUCUACCUCAAGUCCAAGCAAAAUAUAUGGGAAAGCUUUUGACAAAACCAGGUUGAACCCAGAGGUGAUAGGGGCAUUUGGGGAGCCAAUCAAAUGCUAUGGUGAGACCACUCGUAGAGGCAGGAGACAGCAAGUCAGCCAUGCUGAGUUUAUGAAGGAUGGACUGAAACAUAUGAGACUGAAGUUUUACAUUGAGGGGGAAGAGCCUGGACGGAAAGGGACUGUUCAUUCAGAAUCAAAAGAGAACCCUGAAACUGGGAAGUAUGAGUUCCGUUACAUAUUUGUGGAGGUCGACACCUACCCAAGGAGAACCAUCGUCGUAGAAGAUAACAGAUAAUAUGGUGUAUUUCGGUCUGAAGAAGUGGAACUUCACAGACCAUGGCCAAAUAAGUGUGGUCGUUUUUCCCGUGAUCACUAAUAAUGUUUUCAGGGAGUGUGAAUGGUUUUUGCCAUGUCCUUAGACUGAUUAAAGGUUGAAUGAGGUUACCUAUUCGUAGGAGAAAUGGCAGCAUUUUGACAAAACGUGCAAUAUUUUUGUAAGUAAUACAACAGAUAAUUGAAAGCAAGCAGCAGUCUAUGCUCCAUAGAUCAGUACAACAAAUGCAUGGUUGCUUUGAUGAGAUGUAUGUGUUAGCCAUUUAUUGGAAUAGGCCAAUAAGCACUUACUACUGGUGGACGGUGAUUGUAUAAUAUAGUAAAAGCAGCAAAGUUGAACAGUGUUGUAACAGUAAACAUUACGGUAACAUACUUUUUGGGGAUGUCUGGCUUGAACAUGAGAUGGUCAAUGUCGAUUGCAGUUUAACAUUUUAAACAAUUAUGGAAUGUUACUGUAUAUUAAGUGAAGAUGCUACCGCAGUGUUUCAAUAAUGUUUACUUAACAAAUUCUGUAGAUUUCUCUGCAAUUGUUGCAAUUUCCC